ACUUUGUGUUGUGUGUUUUUGAAGUAGAAAUUGUUUAUUUCAGUCUCAAUUAUUAUAUAAAUUAUGACAUAAAUACCAUUAAAUAUGAAAAGAAAAUGCAAACAACUGAUAAGGAGUACGAUAAUUUUCAGUACAAACUCGCAAACAUUCAACAAAAUGCUAUAAGAAAUGGCCUGAAGUUCAGUGUUAUUGAAAACUAUGAAUUAAUUUUUAAGGAUACGGAAGAGCUAUUAAAAAAGCCAUACAAUACUAAAGUUAUUGUAUCGGCGGUUUUUGCACUUUUGGUCUCGAUUGUUUUCAGUAUAUUCACAGUAGAUACGUUUGUAAGUGCUCGAUGCUUGAUACCAAGCAAUUAUCUAGUGUGGGAAGCAACCCGUCCUUUGGCCAACUGCAGUUAUUGUAUUAAUGUAACAAAACCUAUUAUAUUACACAAUGUAACAAGAAGCAAAUUUGAUAUAUAUGCAUAUUCAUCAAAACCUAUGAUAGUUAAAAAUGCAAUUGGCCAUUGGAGGGCAGUUAAAGAAUUCAGUUAUGAUAUAUUUCAAAAGUUGUAUGAAGACACAGCUGGCAGCUAUGAAAGUUUGGAUGAGGGUUGCCAGUUUUUAAACUUUAAAAGUGACCUCUUUACAUUGAAGGAAGUCUUCUCAAUGCCAAAAGAAAGAGUUAACAAUGAACCUGGACAGAAGCCUUGGUAUGUGGGAUGGGGCAAUUGUCACCAAGGAAUACUUCGUAAACUAAGACAAUAUUACAGUGUACCUAACUUCUUGCCUAGUGAUGCAGAAUAUCCAGCUACGGAGCAUAUUUUUAUGGGCUAUGAAAUAGGAGCUGUUAUGCAUCUGGAUUACAUAGAAAGGUUAAUGUGGCAAGGUCAAGUCAAGGGUAUGAAGAUGUGGGCGGUCGCACCAGUGCCAGAGUGCGAGAAUGUUUGCCAUAAGUUCAAGUUUUAUGUGGAGCCUUUGGACAUUGUAUUGUUGGAUACUCGUAUUUGGUACCAUGAAACCAGUAUUCCUAAAGGACAGUUCUCCAUAACAGUGCAAUCAGAAUAUGGCUGAAAAAACAUUUUUGCAGCUUUUUAUUUAUAUAGAAAAUCAGUAUUAUUUAGACAUAUCUCGAUGCCAAAAACACAACUUUAUUUAUAAAUAAUUUAAUUUUACAAGUUUUACAUAUUUUUUUAUCAUUGUGCCAUUUAAUUAAAGUAUACUUUUUACAUUAUAUUUUUAUAUGUGACUAUUUAUUGACUGUAUGUCUGACUAUUUAUUGAUGUAUAAUGUAUUUAUGAAUACAAUUUUUUU